AUGGAAAAAGAUGACGUGGCUGCUCAGAACAUGAAAGGGUGCACUGCACUAUGCUCCGCUGCAGUCGUUGGCCACAUCAAAAUUGCUCAAAUUAUAUUGGAAAAAUACCCAAAAUUGGCCAAUAUUGCAGGUGAAAGUGGUUUUUGGCCACUCUAUAUGGCUGCAGUGAAUGGAUUUGGUGAAAUGGCUGAAUUUCUCUACCCUUACUCAAAUAUUGGAUUGUGGAGCCCACUCGGAAAGGUCAACUUGCUGACGUCAGCGAUCGGAUUGGAGAUUUAUGAUCUAGCUAUAAAGAUUUUGAGUGAAGAUAAAACGUUGGCCAUAGCUGAAGAUGGUAAUGGUGAGACAAUAUUGCAUUUGCUUGCGAAGAAGCAAUUGGUAUUUUCUCACGAUGCCCAAGGAUUUUGGGUCAAGAAUGGCUGUAAAAGAUCAUCGAGUAGGAUGGCGAAGCUACACAAUGCUGCAUUGGAGGGAGACUGGAUUGCAGCCCAAAGGCUAUUCGAAGUAAUCCCAUACUGGAUCGAAACUCCCAUAACAGAAGAAGGUGAAAUCGCACCAAACAUAGCCGCGGACGAAAGGCGCAACAUUUUCAUCUCAAAAUUCGUAGAAAUCAUGGAAAAAGAUGACGUGGCAGCUCAGAACGUGAAAGGGUGCACUGCACUAUGCUCCGCUGCGGCCGUUGGAAACAUCAAAAUUGCUCAAAUUAUGUUGGAAAAAUGCCCAAAUUUAGCCAAUAUUAAAGGUGAAAAUUGUGUUUGGCCACUCUAUAUGGCUGCAUGGUACAGAUUUGGUGAUAUGGCUGAAUUUCUUUACCCUUAUUCAAAUAUUGGGUUAUGGACCCCACUCGAAAAGGUCAACUUGCUUACGUUAGCGAUCAACUUGGAGAAAUAUGGAAAAUUGGCACCUCCAUAUCAACUUUACCGCAUCCCUGGCAAAGCUCUGCAAAUGCAACGGGAUGUAUUGUUGUUCAAGGUAGUUGAGAAGCUCGUUCGACCGUCGUUUAGAAACAUGAAGAACUCUAGUGGGAAAAUGCCUAACGAACUAUUCGUAUACGAGCACAAAUACCUAAUGUCAGAUGGGAAGAAUUUCAUGAAGCGAACUGCGGGAUUAGGCAUGAUGUCCAUCGCCAUCGUCGUAUUCAUGUUCGCACUCCUCUGCCUCAACAUCAAUUGGAUGCCAUCGAAAGUGGUGGCGAUGUUAUCCUUGCUCUCCUUGUUCGCCUCGGCGCUCAUGUUCAUGACAAUACUACUGUCCCGCUUCUCCGCUGAGGACUUCCUCUACAAGUUGCCGCUUUGUCUAGUUGCUGGCUUGUCGGCCUUCUUCAUCUCGGUCGUGCCUGUAACGGUGGCGGUCUACACUGCUCUGUGUCAUAUUUUUUAUAGGCUUGCCAUCUUUGUUUAUGGCGCCAGGGGAUCCUCUUCUGUUUGUGUCUAUUCUACCUCGUACCUACCAAUGCACGAGGUUGUUCCGGUCGUACAACCCUGUUCCGUUUCUAGGUAUACAUAG